GUGGACAUGCAACAAGUGCAAGAACAAGCAGGGUGGGUGAGCGGAUGUGACUCGCUUAUGGUUCACCACAUCCAUAAUGCAUUCAAAGACAAUCUGCAGAAAAUGGCUCCAAUGGAAGAAUGGGCCGAGUGGCUUGAGAGCAUCGUAGAUCAAAUAUUGGCCAAAUACCAUGAUAAACCUGUGCAAGUGAUCUCAGAAGUUGGAAAACAAUUCUUACUCAACUGGAGUUGCUACACGUAA